GCCUUGGUUAGUGCAUUGUAUGGGUUGAAGUAACUGGCUGAUAUAAGCUUGGAUUGAUUGUAAAUCACCUUUAGUCGGCAUUACGGACUCGCAAAGAGUGUAAUGGUAAGGUGAUGUGAUGGAUUUGGAUGGUGCCAAGCAGGACACAGGAUGGAGACCAGGAUCUGAAGCUAGUCCCUGGCAGCAGUUUUUUCCCUACGGCCAACCUCCUGCAUAUGGCUACUCUUCACUGCCUGGACAAUUAUCAGCUGCUGGAGAACCUCUUGUAGCAGACCUGUUGACAAAUCGUGCAGCAGCAGUGUCACAGUUGUUGCAACCAGGCAAAUUCCAUGGAAGUCACAAAGAUGGUUUCCAAUCUUCAAUGCCUCGAUCUCUCCCACUGUCUCAUGGCAGCAAUUCAUCAGAAGGCAUGCGUUUUCAACACAAUAUCAAUACCAUAAAUCCUAGACCAGGACAUUAUCCUGGACAAUCACACCUACCACAUGGAUUAUCAAGUGAUCUAGUACGGUCUGUGUCUUUGACACAAAUAGAUACAAAAACACCUAACAUCAAUUCCUGGAAAGAUAUACCUGGGAUGAAAUCAUCUUCAUCUUUAGAGAAUUUGAAUUAUGGUGGAAGUCUUUCAACACACCAGAUGUAUGGACCAAAUGUAACAAGUACAUCAUCCUUAAACCAUACAAGGUCAUCCACAGAGCACAAACAGUUUCCGCAGAAUAUGAUGGACACAAGUGCAAUAAAUCCUCUACAUAGCUCAUCAUCGUAUCUACCAUUUUCAGAUAUUCCUCAACAUAAAUUAUUUAAUUACAAUACAAAUGGUGCUUUAAUGAAUGGAGCUAUGGAUGCUUUUAAUAAAAAUAGGGCAAUAUCUUCAGAAAGUAUUAACAGUAAUCCUUCUUCAAGAGGUUCCUUGCACAGUCUAGUGGACAAUUCCAUUGAUGAUACUGAAAAUAGACCAACAGUCUCUCAGCGUGAUAUUGGUCUUAAUUAUUUCUCUCCUUCGGGAACAAGUGAUAGCAUAUCACAGCCUUUAACGGCUGCUAAUGUUUCUAAAAGUUCUAGUAGACCAGCCUCAAGAUCUUGGUCACCAUGGGAUAAUAUGAUUCGAAGUACCAACAAUUCUCCUGCAACUGUACAAAGUACAUCAUCAUCAUCACAACCCCCAUCUCCUAUUAUAAAUUAUAGUCCUGUUCAAUCACCUUUUUCUUCUUCAACAUCUUCUAUUGGUCUUGCUUCUUCACUCGGUUCAGCAAUUCCAGGCUCUCCUGCUCUACCACCAUCAUCUGAGGAGAUUCAGAAGCUGAAACAGCAGCAGUCCAAAGAUCCUUUUAAUUUUCAAAAUGAGAUGAAUGAAUUUAAACCACCUGAUUCACUUCCCAAACCAUCGAAACCAGCGAAAAAAAAGUCAGUUGGUAAACUAAAAGAAUGCAGACGGAAGAGAGGGGUGCUUCCCUUUCCAGAUGUGAGCCUGGAUGAAAUCAAUCCAGAAUUAGCUAGAAUGAUUCGAGAGUCCAAGGCUAAAGAUGAAUCUAAACCUAAAAAACAAGUUCACUCAAGUGGAGAUAAAAAACUGAAGUCAGUGUCAGCUCCACUACCAAACCCUCCAACUCUUUCAAGUUCACCCAUUGAUAAAAUAUCUCCAUUUUUAAAUCAGCAAAUUCAGUCUGUUAUAAAACCUACAUCUCCAUAUGAAUUUACAGAUGAACAAGAUACUUUUUCUCCAGGAGUCCUUCAAGAUACUUUUAAUGCGAGUAUUAAUGUUAAUUCUAAAAUGUACUCCAUGAGUGAAAUGCUGUCCAUGACAAAUAGCAGGUCAGAUGCUGUGGAUACCAAAAAUGAAGGACAAAGUGGAGAGUUGAAAGUUAAGAAGAAGAAAAGGAAGAAAACUGUGGAAAAAAUGUUAUCCAGUUCUAAUAUAUUGGAAAAUUCUUAUUCUGUGUUCCCAAACUCUAAUACUAAUAGUAGGCCUAAUGAUAUUAAUUUAACUCAUUCACCAUUUCAAGGCAACUUUCAAAAUAGUGCUUCUACUGUUGAUCAGAACAAAAUGAAUAUCGGUAUGCAACCAAAACAUCUACCAGCUAAUUUAAAUUCAGAUUUAUUUUUAUCCAAAAAUUUGCCUGUGACGUCAUCAAAUAAAGUGCAUAAUGUGAUAACUGAUCCACUAAACGGUGCGGGUUGCAAUUUGCAACGUCCGAUCUUAACGCCGUACUAUUCAACAGAAAUACCACAGCAAUCUGAUCAAACAUAUCAAAGUUCAGUAAGAACAGGAGAAUCUGAAUUGUCAACACCAUCUUCAUUAUCAAAUUCUGGAACACUUUCAGGAAAUUCUCAAGAAAAAAAUGAACAUUCACAAGCAGCAAAUUUAAAAGUUAAUCAAAAUGAUGUCUUGUGCUGUACAGAUUGCAAAUCUCAUGGUGCUAUUUCCCCAAAUUGUCAAAAUCGAGUCCACCUUCAUCAUGGUGACAUCAAUGGUACUAUAUCACACAGUAACGAAAAUAGUAACAAUUCUCAUUUUAGUUCCUCUCAAAAUAUGCAGCAAUUCAUGGCAGCAAAUUCGCAUGUGAAAAAUGGACCAUCUAUAAAUAAUAGUGCUAUUACACAUCUGAAAGAUGAUAGAAAAAUUCUUAAUGUGCUAAAAACAGAUUCUUUUGAAUCCACAAUUAAAGACAGUGUUAAUUUUCCCAAAUUUUCCUCGCCUAUUAUUAAAAGUGAAAAUUGUGAAAUGGAUUUAGAACAAUAUCUUAGUGGCUGUAAAGAACCAACUACAGAAGGUGCUCUAUUAAAUAAUCUCGAAGCCUCUAUCAAUAGUUUAUUUACAAAAACAUUUGUGCAUGAAAAUCAAGGGAGAACUUCUCAGCAUAUGCCAGAAUCCUCAGGACAAUUGAAACGAUCAUCAUCAUGGCAUGACAUUCAUGAUAUGAGUAUGAAUAAAAAUGUGAAUAAUAAAGUGGGAAAGAAAAAUCCUUUAAUCGAUCCAAACAUCAUACGACCCACAGGAGUUACAAAACAGCCUAAAGUGAAGAAGCCAAAGUUACAUGGGGCAAAUGGUUUGACAAAGCCCCCACCUGUGCCUCCCGGCCCCUUUGCAUCUCCUGAAGAGGAGAGACUAGAUAGGCUGAAGAAUAAUCGUCCGGAAAUACCUAGUUGUAACUGUUUACCCAAUGAAAUGAUAAAUGAAGUAGAAGAAGGACCUUAUUAUACUCAGUUAGGCUCUGGUAAAUCUAUACAGUCUGUUCGUGAACAGUUAGAAAAACAAACUGGUGUAUCUGGAACUGCUCUAAGAAUAGAGAAAAUUGUUUAUACUGGUAAAGAAGGCAAGAGUAGCCAGGGUUGUCCUAUAGCUAAAUGGAUUAUUAGAAGAUCAGGCCCAGAGGAAAAAUAUUUAUGUGUUGUGAAGCAUAGAAAACAACAUUUCUGUGAUUCUACAUUUAUUGUGGUAGUUUUAGUAGCAUGGGAAGGAGUACCAUCUGACACAGCCAAUGACCUUUACUCGCAUUUAGUGGGAUCACUAACUAAAAAUGGUUUUGAAACAGACCGACGAUGUGGUACCAAUGAGAAAAAAACUUGUGCAUGUCAAGGAGUGGAUCUGGUAAGAAAAGGAGCAUCUUUUUCAUUUGGUUGUUCAUGGAGUAUGUACUUUAAUGGGUGUAAAUUUGCUAGAAGUCGUGAAGUACGAAAAUUUAAACUUAAAGAUACUUCUAAGGAAGAAGAAUUAGAUGCAAAACUUCAAUCUUUAGCAUCGGUUGUUGGCCCACUGUAUGAAACAGUUGCACCUAAAGCACAUGGAAAUCAAUGUGAAUUUAAAGACGGUAAAGAAUGUAGACUGGGAAAAAAUGAAUUAAAACCUUUCUCCGGUGUUACAGCUUGUGUGGAUUUUUGUGCUCAUGCUCAUAAAGAUCUUCAUAAUAUGAAUAAUGGCAGUACAGUGGUUGUUACUCUGACUAAACAUCGUGGAUUUAAUAAACCUGAUGAUGAACAACUCCACGUUUUGCCACUGUAUACCCUUGAUCCUACUGAUGAAAGUGGCAGUUAUGAUAAUCAGAUGGAAAAAGUCAGAAGUGGUGCUUUAGAAGUCUUACAUAACUUUCCACACGAAGUAAGGAUGAGGGCGCAUCCUUUGACACCAAAGAAGAAAGGAAGAAAUGCUAAGAAGGACCAGAGUCCAAGCUCUAAGAAAGAUGCACAUAAUGCUCUCAGCAAAAUGAAAGGAAAUAUACCUGUAUACAAUCCUAAUGGAAAACUUUCUAAAAAUAACCAUUAUAAAAUGGGUAAAAUACCCAACUCUGAUAAAAAUUGUAGUUAUCCUGCACCACUGAAAUCCGAAAAUAAAGACAAUUUGACAUUUGAUAAUUUAAUGUCUUUAUCAGACAUGCCAGGAUUCACAGAAAUGUAUGAUUCGUUUUGGAGCUUUUUCUAUAAAAAUGGGUCUUUUCCACCAGCAAAUUUUUUAGACAAAUGGGGUGCUACACUGCCAUCUAGUAAUAUAACUAAUAUCAAAGGUGAUGUCAACAGUCCAUCCAAUACAAUUAUUCAAAAACCCUCCUCGGAUAUGUACCCUGUGAGUAAUCACCCCAAGUCCAAUACAGAAAAACAGCAACCAUUAAACUUCGACAAUCAGAUGAGAAACCUACCACCAAAUUUUCAGAAAGUGUCAAACAUGGAAAAACAAGAUCCUCAUAAUACAGUAAGACAAUAUCCAUAUCAAGGUAAAGAUACAAACUCUGCUCAGUUAAAUCAAAAUGAUUCUCUUGAAGUGAAAAAUCUCCACUCAAACCUUCCUGGACAAAUACAUGGCAGCUAUAACCAUUCAAACAAAACUCAACAUGAUCUCAAUUCCUUUCAUAAGAACAAAUUUCAAGAACAACAACAAAAUGAUGGUAAAAUGAUGAAUGUAGAUAACAUGUUUAAAGUGCCAAUGGCCCCUGAUAAUAUAACCUUUCAACAAACAAAUCACAAUAUGGGUGGUAACAUCAACAACCCAUUCCGUUCUCCAGACAGUCAUCACCAACAAAAAACAGAUUAUAUGCAACGACCACCACAACAUCCCAUCAAUUCAUUGGCAAAUACAAAAAGAAAUAGACCUACACCACCAGGAUCACCACACUUCUCAGGGUAUUCUCCUUUUGAUAAUAAAUUCAACAACAAUAUGGUCACACCACAGACUCCAUCACACCAGAAAGAUUCUGAUAAUAUCCAGCAACGGGUGACUAAUAUCCAUCGACAACAGCCAGCUGACAUGCAUCAACAAAAAUCAGCCAAUACUCAUCAACAACAACAGAUGGUUAAUAUCCAUACACCUCAUCGUACAUCUGUCAUCCAUCCACAGACCUCAGAUAUUCAUAAUCAGCAGCCAACUAACCCAAACUUCCAACAAAUACCUAAUAUAUAUCCUCAACAUUCAGCUGAUAUGUAUCAUCAACAGGCUGUUAAUACCCAUCAACAACAGCCAUCAAAUAUCCCUCAACAACUACAAGCUAAUAUCCAACAACAACAAGUUAUUCAGCCUCAUCAACGAGAAGCAGCUAAUGUGCAUCACCAACAGAGAGCAAUCCACCAUCAACAACAGGCAACAAGUAUCCAUCAACCACUAUUGACAAAUAUUCAGCAGCAACAACCAGCUAAUAUCCAUCAACAACAAACCUCUAUCCAAACUCAACAGAUUGAUAAAAGUCAUCCACAGCAAGCCAUCCAUAAGCAGCUUCAAUCAGAAAAUAGUCAGUCAGUUAAUAAUCAACAACAAUCCACAAAUAAUCAUACACAACCAGUCGCAGAUAUUCACCAACAGCACAGAUUUGAUUAUGUUUAUCAACAACAAGCAGCACAAAAUCCCCUACGACAGUUAGAUAUUGAUAAUAAAAAGAUAUUUCAUAACAAUGGACAGAAUACAUUUAUUAAACAAGAAGCACUUCGUAAUAAUCACCAACAAAUGGUGAUUAACAAUAAACAACAAGAACAUCUAAAUGUUCACAGGAAUCAAGAUAGUUCAGGGUCUUUACAUGCUGGAUUUUUAGAUAAAAAUCGACAGUCUGAUAACCAAAGACUUUCAGAUGACUGGCCAGCAGCCAAGAGACAGUGCCUAUCAAACAAUCCUUUGAGUCAGACGAACAUUGAUGACAGUAUGUGUUCUCAUCUAACACCAAGACCUAAUGAUCUGGUGCAUAAUCAGAACCCUCUAUCUUGUGGUGCUAAUUUUACCAAUAAUAUUCAAAAUUGUGUGUCUGGUGCUAAUAAUGUGGUACCUCAAAGUAGAAACUAUCCAGUGGAUUUGCAAAAAAUGCCUUUAAAUCAAGAUGAUCGGCUUAGUGAUCAUAGCAACAAUUCUGGUAUCAACAACAACCAGAUACUACCUCAACAACGGAUAACUCCUGGGCAACACAACUUCCAUCCAGGCAGCAAUUCUCAGUACGUUGACUCAUCCAAGCAGUCAUUUGAGUCUCAUUUGCACAUGCCAUAUGAUGCAACUAGAUCUUAUCCUAAUCAUCCAAUGUUUUCUGUUACUCAUCCUGAAAAUAGGGCAAAUACAUCUUUACCAGAUUUUAACAGUUUGGUGCCUUGUGAACAAAAUAAUUCUCAUAGAACUUUACAUUCUCAGGAGCAGCAUCAAAUAUCUAUGCAAAAUCCAUCCCAAGUUCUUCAUCCAGAUAAUCAUUCCAUGAAUAGGAACAAUCAACAAAAUAACCAACAUCAUUCCCCAUCAAUGCUGAAUAUGGAGGAUGGGAAGUUAACUGGUUGUAUGACAAAUGCAGAAAAAGUGAAUCCUGAUGAGCCUGAGGAAAUUUUGGAUCCAACAGUUGUUCACCGUCAAAUGGAGUAUAAUGAAGAAAGCUUUCAUGAUCCUGAUGUUGGAGGUGUUGCCAUUGCUUUAUCUCAUGGUGCUGUGCUGUUUGAAGUAGCCAAACGGGAGCUUCAUGCAACAACUGCUCUAAAAAAUCCCAAUCGCUACCAUCCAACACGUAUUAGUCUUGUAUUCUAUCAGCAUAAAAACCUGAAUUACAGUAAUCAUGGUUUCUUAGAGUACGAGAUGAAAUGUGAGAAGUUACGUCUGCAGAAAUUGGAAAAAAGGAAAGAGUCAAUGGAAAAUGGAGACAUUAUUCCUGAAGAGAUCAAAAUAAAGAAAAAGGUGAAGAAGGGUGGAGAUGAAGAAGAAAUUGAUUUUGCAACAACAUCGGCUGCUCAGUAUAAGUAUAUGUGGGAAGCUCCUGUCAGUCAUAGUCAAGCUCUCACGACCGAUUCCAUAAUAACAAGAUGGAUAGAUCCUCAACCUAUGGUGACAGGACCUUAUCAACGGUGGGUGCUUCCAUCCUGUUAGAAGUGACUGUCAUUACAACCACAUGAUAUCGCUGUAUUUAUUUUAUUACACAAUGUGAUACCAUUCUAACAACUUGAUACUCCAACAAAUAUACAUAUCGAGGAAAUUACAUACAUUUAUUUGGUGUAAACUUAUGGUUCUUGUUAGUGGAUUAAGUUAUUUGAUGUAUAGAAUUGUUAUGCUAUUGUAUAUUAAAAGUAGGUAUUAAUGUAGAUGAAUAGAAAAUAGAUAGCAUGAAUGAGCCAUGUAGAUAAAAUCCCAGGUUCAUGGGGAAGACAUGAUAUAUUUUGAUAAGUACUCUUCAUUUUCUUUCAUUGUUUAUUAGUAGUCAUUCUUCAUAGUAUGUCUCCUCCUCUACUUAUAUAUAUAUAUAUUAUUAAAUAUAUUUAGAUAGAUACCUACAUCGUAUUUAUGAGCUUCAUUCAGUUAUUGUACCCUUGUAUGUUUUGUUAUGAUUUUGUAUUUACCAAAUCAAUGAAAUUAUUUAGUUUAAUUCAGAUUUGCAUAAUUAUAAUUACCAUAUAAUAUUUUAAUAGCUCAGGCGCUAAAAUAUUACUCAGGGUGACCUUUUUAAUCUAUGUUUUAAUUAAUAAAUUAGAAGAUAGUUCUUGAGUGGUUAAAUUAUUCAUUUUAAUAAUUGUACAUAGUAGAUUUAUUAUAGGUAGAUUUUACAGUUUUCAAUUUUAUAUAGUAUGGAUGUUUGUACAGAGAGAUAUUUGGUAGAUUAAUUGUAAAUAAUUUAAUUCUUGUUAUAUUAAGAAAAAUUAAUGAGGGAAAGUGUGUGGGUGUGCGUGUGUGUGUGUUACUAAGUAGAUAAUUGAAUGAAAUUUAUAUAUAAAUUGAGAUGUAUGUAUGUAUGUAUGUAUGAGUGGAUGAAUGAGUGUAUUGUAAAUGUAAGAAUUAUUAUAAUUAGAAUAAGUAAUGAAGUAAGUGCUUGUCGGUUUGAUUUAGUAGUUAUUAUUAUUUUAUGAUUGUGUUAUUUUAAUUCAGAAAUAUAUCUAUAUUAUAUAUAUGAAAAUAGUAAAUGUUGUUUGUGAUGUAGAUGUAAAGAAUAGCAUUUUAUUUAUCAUGAAUUCAAUUUAGAUUUUAGCCAAGGAAUUCUCUUAACUUAUUUAUGCUCAAUGGUGAUAAUAUAAUGAAUAUAAUUUAUGUCCUAGUGGUGUUGUAGAGGGCGGGAUUAUCUGAUACUAAACAUCCUAACAGUGUAAUUGUCAACAAUUGAAAAUAAUUUGGUUAAUAAUCCAUGAUCAGAUGUUUUUAUGUAUGUAUAAAUUUAAUCAGUAGUAAUUGUUUACCUACUAAUUCUUACCAGUUGAUAAUCUGUGCUGAAAUUAAUUGUUAUCUGUUUUCAUUGUUCUAUUAUGUUAUUAUUAAUAUUCUUUUGAAGCACAGAUUUAAUCUGAAGUCAUUUUAAUUUGUCAGUAUGAAAUUCAUCUUACCAUUCAAAAUUGAUUUGUUAAAUUUUAAAUAAUAUUUGGCUUGUCUUUUAAGGGUAUAUUUUUAUAUUAUCCAUCUUUCUGUAGGUAAGGUAUAUCACUUUAACAAGAAUUUUAGAGGGGGAUAUCUUGGCUCUCUGAAAGAUGUGUAUUGUCCUUAAUUAUAGGCUGAUAGCAAAUUCCAGUUGGUUGAAAAUUUCCCUCCUAAAAAGUAUGAUAUUUAUGGAUAGUAAACUAAGAUGACUUAAUUAUAAUUUACUGUUAAUGUUCCAUUUUAGAAAACAAUUUUUAAAGAAAUUUUCUGUGAUAUUUAAAUAAUUUGAUAUUGUACUAGUUUUGCAACUAUCUUUGUUUAAGGAACUAUUAAGAUGUAUUUUGGGUUAUAGUAAACUCUUUAUUUUAUGUACUGCAACAAAAUAAUUUUUAUUAGUAAACAAAACGAUUUUGGAAUAAUUCACUGGUUAUAACCACUUAAGUAAAAGUUGAGAUUUAUCAAUUUACUGCACAAUCAGUAUCAGAAGAAUGUUGUCUAACACAAACAAAUUGUAUGUUUGACAAAAAUAAAUCUUUAUACUACUGUA